GUUGGUGUGAUGUGAAUUUGACAAUUCUUCAAGUGAUUAACGGUAAAUACACAACUAUUGCUGAUUAUUUGAAUUUGUAAUUUGUGUAAGUUGUCUAUGGAAUUCAGUUCUUAAUAAGUUAUAAUAUGUCUCAAACGACGAAUAUUUCUUCAACUGCAUCAGAUGAAACAGCUUCGAAAAAUAAUCUGAUAGAAAAAAUUCUGCAUCAGGGACAAAGACUGAGAAAUGCAAUGGUUCAGUCGAUUUUAGAUCAUGAUCCUUUUAAUACUGACAUAUUCAAUGAUUACAAUAUAAAUAGCCAUGUUCCCUCUAGGUUACGCAAAAAAAUUCCUUCACAGUGUAGUAGUUUGGAUAAUGAUCUUCAAGAUAUUGAAAAGCAAAAGAUUCAAUUAUUUUUAAAAGGUGAAUCGAUGAAUAAACAAGAUCAAGUUGAGGCUCUUGAAACAUUGAGAUCUAUGUCUAGUGAAAAUUUAUGUAAAACUGCAAAUGAAACAUUUCUUUCAAAAUGUGUUUGUGCAACAUGUCUGAAAUAUGAAAAAGGGGAUCUGAGUUGUGAUCUGAAGAGAUUCAAAAAACAGAUCUGCAUUAAUGAGAAGGAAGAAAAGGAUAAAGACGAAAUAUCCCCAAAAGUUCAUAAUGAAAAUGAAAUAAUUAAAUAUCUGAAAUAUGUAGAUUGUAUGCAAAUUUCGAUACAUGAUUUAAUAUUGAAUGAUACAGGAAAUAAAAAAGUAAAUUCAUAUGUUACUGCUGAUAAAAAAAUGUUAGCUGGGGGAAGUCAAACAUUUUUUAUAGAAUAUGAGUUACCUUUUAUUUUGUCAGUAUCUACAUCAGGAAAAAAAGUUAGAAAAUCAGUCACCAGUGUUAGUCAUAAUAAUUUUGUUAGAAUUUGUGCAAGAAGGAUAUCUACUGAAGCUGUUCAUUUCAAACAUACUUCUGUGCAUAAUAUAAAAAAUGUGGACCAAAUAAGUUUAGGAAGAAUAAAAUUGAAAUUUCAAAUAACAUGCCGAACAAUGAGACAAAAAAAUGUAGUGCCGUUAGGGUAUGUGGUAUUCAAUUUUGCAAAAUUUGAAUUAUCACCCACUUUAACCUGUAUAGAAGAACUACCUGUUAACUUUGAUGAUACAGUGCCUAUUGUGCUUGGAAAAUUGCAUGUCACAGUGCAGAUGGGAUAUGGGAGGCUUUAUUUUGGAAAUGAACUCUUAGCUUGUUUUGAGAGAAGUCAAAAUAGUUUGCAAAUACCUGAUAUAGAGGAGAGGACAGAAAGUGUCUCGAAAAAAACUAUUAGUCAUAAUGUGAAAGAAAAUGAAGAAUUAGUUGAAAAAGAAAAUAUUUCAUUGAAGUCAAGAUCUGAACCCAAAAUCAAUGAUCAAUUAGUAGAAUCACAGCCAAUUACUGAAAAAACCAAAAAAAUUUCAACAUUUAACACUAAAACUAUUCUUUUUGGAUUCAUAUAUAUACCAGAAGCUCUGUAUUCGAAAGCUGAUAUAAACUCAUUUAUUACAUGCAGACCUUUUUGUCAGGAAGAUAAUUGUUAUAGUGAAUUAUUGAGGAAUGAAUCAAAACCUAUUUUCAACUUUUGUCAGUUAAUUCCUUUGAUUUACAAUGAAGAAUUGCUGCAACGAUUCAGGGAAAAUUUUAUGGUUGUUGAGUUUUGGGAGAAAUUUGAAACGAAAAAUAUUCUUCUUGGCCUUACCAAACUACCAUUGACCCAAUUUUAUCUCACAUAUCGAAAUCCUGAAAUAACCAAAUAUUUAUUGAGUAAUGAGUUACCAGUAAUAUCAUCUGAUGGUUGGGAAACCAUAACUAAUCCUUACACUGAAGAGUUCAUUGGACAAGUUCAGGUACUGUUAGCACUUGGAACCGAACAACAAAUACAUAAUUUGCAGAUAAGUAGAGGCUUCAAAACAGAUUUGGUGCAAGCUAAAUUGCAAACUCCAUUAGAAAAGAAUAAAGAACAAAUUUCAAAACACAAAUCUACAGUAGAGAAAACUACUACUGUUAAAAAGAAGAAUUUUCAACCUAGUUUAGCUGAAAGGACAAUUUUCAAAAGUGUUUUGAAACCCAGCAUCGAUAAUUCUGAUAAAAAUCUUAAGAAAAGCACCACUGAUCAAUCUGUGCAGUUCGAUUCUGAAAUGGAUUUGGAAGUGCCUACCUUGGAAAAAGAAAUUGAAUCUAAUGGCAAGUUAGAACAAAUAUUAACCCAUUUGAUAACAAUGAAAAAUCAACAACAAGAGGUCCUAAAAGGAAUAAGAAAGGAUGCAGAUGAGGGUAAUAAAUCAAAGUCUGAUGAGCCUGUGGAAAUCAAAAGCAAUGAAGAUUCACCAAAAGGUCAAAGAAAUCCUGUGGAGAAUCUCAUUAAUUCUCCUGAAGCAUCUCCUUCUGCUGCAUCAAAUACGAAUGAUAUGCAAUAUCAAAAUAUGUCUCCUUUAGUGAGGAGUACAUCAGAUCUCCUAAGCAGCCUUCAAGCGGCUUUGUCUAUACCCCCACCUAUGAGGCAGUCUCCCCAAAGUGAACAACAAUCCUUACAACAGUGCGUCAUCGAUCGAAAAUCAAAAAAAAUACCUGGUUCUUUGAAAGUGCACAUUGAAAUCAAUCAGGCCAUGCAUUUGCCAAUUCGUAAAAAAUGUAAGGCCAAAAGAAAUAAGGGAAAACCAACGAAAUUAGAUGAUAAUAUUAAACCAAGUUCAUAUGUUACGUUUGAAACGAUGCCCGGACUGGAUUUGAAAAUGACACCAUUGGUACAAAAAUCAACAAAUCCCCAAUGGAAUUAUAAAUGCGAUGUUAUUUUACCUUCAAUCCUCCUAAUGAACAAUAAGAAACGUUUGAUUUUCAAAGUUUGGAGGAAAUCAACUAACACAAAUAUGGUGCCAAAUCUACAAACCGAUUCAAUCAUUGGAUUUGCUGCAGUUGAUUUAACGGUUCUGUUAUCAGGAUUACCAAGUAUUAAAGGAUGGUUUAAUAUAAUAGAUCUCUCUUCCAAAUGCAAUGGACAAAUUAAUAUACAUGUCACACCACUCGAAGAUUUAGCGGUAUUCAAAAUGCAUAAUACUGCUAGUCACAUGCCUUCUAACUUCAAUGAGAACAUAAAUUCUUCUUGUCCAGAGAUUCCAACUUUAACGCCACAAUCUAAUGACAAUAAUAACAUGCAUGGAGAUGAAGGAGAUGGUGAACUUUUGAGUAGAGCUCUGAAAAGAAAGUUUGCAGAAUUGGACGAAAUAACUCAGCGACUUCGUUUACGAUUAUCCCAUGUAACAAACGAUGAAACAGAAGAUGUUGACGAUGGGAUUGCUGAACAAUUCGAAAGAGAUAUAAAUACUUUAUCCAUAGAGGAGGAUUUCGAUAUGAUUAAUUUUGAACAAGAGACAGGUGACACUCCUCAGCUUACUGAUCUAUUGAGAAUAGAAUGCUCUAGUGAUUCCAGCAGUGAACGAGCAAGUGUGCAAAAUGCUCUAUGUAUUUCAACAGAUACAGGAAAUGCUAACGAAUGUGUUGAGGAAAGCUUGGACAUGUUAGACCGCCAACUUCUUAUCGGAAAACAUAGGAUUGAUACUUUGUUGGGAAAGCUUAGUCUGAUCUCCGGUGAUGUAAAUAGCUCCAGGCACAUCUCAGGAUGUUCAGGAUCUAAUUGCGAAGAAUCAGCAAAUAUUGAUACUGAAGCAAUUUUGAAAGAUCUGAAUCGUAACUCGCGUCCAAACAUUAACGCUAGUAUGUCUUAUAAUAAAGAGAUGUUCCAGCAAAUCUACGAAUACCCAGGAAAUGAAGAUGAGACAGAUAGUAAUAUUUCUUGUAAUACUAGUGUUAUAUCCCAUUUAGAGGAUUCUAGACCUGCACCUGAUGGAGAAGGUACUUUUUCAGAAGAUAGAAAUAAAGUUAAAAACUUUUAGAUUCUAAAAUACUAGAAUCAAAUGAUUGUCUAUAAGUUAUUUUUAUUAUUGAAUGAUUUUAUUUAUAUUGAUGUAUUUAUGCUUGUUAGUCUUCAUAAGAUUUAACAAUAUGUGAUUACAAGGUAUUUAAUUUCAUUAAAAUUGGAAUUUUUUACUCUAGACAUUUAAGCUUUAUUAUUUGUUAAGUGAAGUAUUUUAGGGUUUUGGAAUUAACUGGUUUAAUUUCUGAAUCUUAUUUUAAAUUAUAAAUAAUCUGGAUGUUUUUUAACUCUUGUAAAAAAAUGUUUUUGGCAAUAAAUUAUUUUUACUCGAUUAAUAGAUAAAAAAUUACAUAAA